GCUAUAUAAGAGGCUGCAGGCAGGAGAGACAGACAGACACUGACCAUCACAGCAGAAGACUAGUGGACUUAACUCCAGUUACCUACAGUGAUUCAACUACUUCACAUCAAGGGGAAGAAUGGGACUGCACAGCGUUGAGGAACUGGUGUCCAGUAAAAGGUCAGAGGGCAAAGAGCCGGAUGACUUCCAAGGGGGCGUGUAUGAGGCGGCUGUCAAUCAAGAAAAGCAGGAUGACCGCAGGUCCCACAGGGAGCUGGUGGGCGGAGAUCGAUCAGAGGAGAGUGACAGUGGCAGUGAACAGGAAGAAGUCAGCGUGGCAGCUCUCAAUACGGAUAACAGUGGCAGGCUGAAACUGGAGACGGUGGAUGACCUGUUCAACAUCUUGCAGCUGAGGAAGAGGAGAAGGGAGAGGAAGUCUCCCAUCCACAAGAAACAGCAGCCAGAGCCUGAAAUUGUGCCAGAGACUGUGGAUGAGCAGCUGUUUCUGACAGCAGCUAUGGAGAACAAACUGCCCGUGGUGGAGAAGUACCUGAGUGAUGGAGGAAACCCAAAUGUAUCCGACCACGUGAGUGUCACACAGCAACGUCUGCCUCUGCGGGCUUUUAAAAGGGACACGCGUGGAGGGUAUGAAAGCUCCUGGGGGCUGAGCUGCAUCGGAGAGCAGGUUGGUGGCUUGAAGAUAGCUGAUUGUGGAGUCUCAUUCCCAGCAUCAAUAUUUGACGAUCUGAUAAUAAGACUCAAGAAUCAACUAUCUUUCUUGGCUCUGAUUGGUUGUUUUUGCACACUCUGUGAGAUGCUGUUGAAAGAAACACUUCAUUCAGAUUGGAAAAGGAUUACCUGUGCUGAAUGCCUUUUUUCUCCCCGACUGAAGGACGGAGACACACCCAUGCAUGAUGCUGUGAGAAUAAACAGAUUCAAGAUGAUCAAGCUGUUGAUGAUGUACGGGGCCAGUCUCAACACCAAGAACUGUGAUGGAAAAACUCCCAUGGAGACGCUGUAUUCAUGGCAGAAUGGAGCCAAGAGCCUCCUGUUUAAGUUCAGCCAGGACAAGCCCAACCAGUAGAACCCAACACAUUCCAGUAAAAGCAGAAAUUCAACAUGAGAUUCACUCACAGGAUCUGCUGGAUUGUCAGGAAAACAAAAUGAUAGAAAUGGGAAAAAUCUUGCAUUUUUCUUGCCCAUUCUAGUCUUUCCUGUACCGCAGUUCAUGAAGUCUUUUUUCAUGUCUUUUUAUCCAGAGAGGCUUAUUGACCCCCUCAGGAAAAUAACUUUUAAUAAUCUAAAGUUGGCUCAGGGUGCAGAUGAAGGUAUCUUAACGCAUAGGCCUUUUCCACCUAUAGGCUCUGUCUCGGUUCCUGCUCAUAAUUUUCAGAACAUUUAGACCAAAAAUAAAUUGGUUCGGAACCUGAAAAGUUUGUUCCCAACUAGUACCAAAAAAUAGCUGGUUUUCCUUUGGAACCAAAGUGUCAUAUUCUAGAGGUUGUUGUGCAUUGUGCAGCGCCCUCUGUUGAUGAUCCAUCCGAUUGCAGUUCCACUUAGAACUGGUGGAAACACAGGCUGGAUCGCUGGAUAGAACCAAGGUUCAAAGAAUCUUAACAGAACCAGUUCAACAAGAGCUAAUUUGGUAGAAAAAGCAUUUAUCAUUACCUGACCUUACCUGACUGCACCUCGCCUUACCUGUUCAGGGAUUUGAAAUGGCAUCCUUCCACGCUUUUGGCAAGGUUAUAUUUUCUCAUAUGAAAUGUUAAUAAUACACACAUCUUGUGUGUAGUCACAUGAGAGAAGGCAUGGACUUCAGGGAGCCUUUAAUCAACAAUGUGAUAUCUAAUCAGGAUGUUGUUAAUAAAUGUGAUUAUUAGCACUGAUAGAUUCAUUGAUCGCCAAAUAUUGCUGGACAAUUUCUCGGCUGACAACAUGAAGAUUGUCUAUUUCUUAAUUUUUACUUUAAGCUGAGUUGAAGUCAGCGAUACUGCAUCGAGAAGAUGAUGUAUUUAUUGAUUUAUGACGUGUCAGCAAUCGAUUUGUCGGGUUUGAUUGUUUUCUUUCAAUACCAUACACUUAAUAACUGAGUGACUGUCUAGACUUAUACUGUAGUUGGUUUAAUGCUUUUUUUAUGGUCAGAUUUGAACCAAUUAUAUCAACUUUAUUAUUAUCAAUGACUAACUAAUGGAAACAACUAGGAGAUGCUGCUUUUUUUUUGCUUUGCUGGUUUUUUACACAUGUACAUUACCUGGUUCACGCUGAUGUUCAUGUUGAUCAAUUCCACUGUGAACCUAAAGUUAUUUAUUUGUGUAAAAUUUCUCCAGCUCAGUUUGAAAAGUUAGCCUCCUCUUGCAGGUAGAUGGUUUGUGUUGUUAUACUUAAACAUUCAGAUGAGUUUAACCAAGUUAUUUGGUCUUAUGCAUUUUAAGAUUGAGAAAUGAGACACGACUAAGUAGGUUUUUAGAUCAGGUUGAGAAGAAUCUCUCCACUUGCAUUUCUUCUAAUGAUGUUGGUGAUCUGUAGAUUUACACUUAUUCUGCCAUGUUUCAAAAUGGACAUCUAGAUUAGCAGCGACAUGCUUUUACAGCUGAGCAAGCAGUCUUGUUCGGAUUUUCCCAGUUUCUAUACUGAAGAUUAAUUUUCUGGACAAUUUCUGGCAUAUGCGAACGCAGACUUUACAGGCUAUAAGCAGCCAUUAACUGCCGGGAUUUAGUGAUGUUUUUUUAGGUAUUUACGGGGCCAAAAAUCUCUCUUUUCCUGCAGUGUAUUAGUCUAAGUCAGUCGUAACUUGGUCUUAGUCUGACCUAAUAGUUACGCCGGUUGCACCAUCUCAGCUUAGGCCUUCUUCUUGCUGAGACUGGGCGUAAAUCUUAUGCCUCAUCAGGAGAAGGUGUAAAGUCAAAAUCUGUUUAUAAAUCACUGCAUAUUUACAUUUUUAGUGGAGCAACGCAUCCCCGGGUCCCAAACAACUUAUCAAAAGUCACCUCAUCAAAAACAAAGAGCAAAAAGAACUUUAAAUUGCCUAAGCUCUGCCACAGUAUGACCCCGAUAUCCCAGCUGCUGGUCCCUUUUGUGUUGUUGCAGUGAAUAUAUUUUGGGGAAUGUGGUUCUAUUUCUCUACAGAGUUCUAGUUGGGCUUAAACACACAUAAAGGAGUGUGAGAGGGGAGAAGCUGAAAAGUUAUUGUUGGUUCAGAGGAUGUUUGACAAGUUUUUAUGCGAAUAAAACAGGUCUUGAUAUAUGAAUGAUAAUUAGAUUUAUUUUUUAUUGUUAAAGAUGUAUGUACAUUUUGCCUUCUAUUUAUGGAUUGAUUAAAUAAAACUGAUUUUGAAUUGAA